CAAAACCUUCAUAGACUGGUAUCCUCAUCGAAAGAAUUGCAGAAUUCCGUAUUGGUGGAGAAACCUUAUUAUAAUUUAGGAAAACUCUCUUCUCUUUCUAACACAAUGCCAUCCAGGCAAAAGACCUUGAUGUUCACCUCUGCUUUUUUCACCAGCCUGUGCUCUUUUGUUAUUGUUUGCAUUGUGCUUGCAACUAAAAACUGGGUGUCAAGUACCACUACCAAUGUGAAAGAAAAUCCAAAUAUGACACUAAUAAUUACAUAUGGACUUUUCCAAGGAGUUUGCUCAGAUGUAUCCCCUGGAAUUAAUUCAGCUCACAUCGAUUUUCAAGUUGCAGGUACUCUAGAAAAUGAUACUUUGAACAUUUUCCAUGGUGUAAUUAUAUUUCUGCUGGUUGUAACUAUGCUGAGUUCCUUCCUUAGUUCUGGAUUUACCUGUUUCAAUGCCAUCAGCAACCCAUACCAAACAUUUUUGGGACCUAUUGGAGUUUAUACCUGGAAUUCUGUGUCUUGUAUCUGCUGUCUCUUAAACCUAAUAUUGUUUGCAGUGAAUGUAGAAGUAAACAAACUGUCUGCUGAGCUGGCCAUCAAUCAUUGCAAAGUUUUCCCAGGCUUUGAACAAAGGAACUCAUAUGGAUAUUCAUACUGGGUCAUGCUUCUUAUAAUUGCCCUCAAUGCUACAACUGUUAUCAUCAUUGUUUUCUACCAACGGGCAAAGUAUUCUAAGAAGAAGGAACGAGAGAGACCUUUGGACAGUGCACCCAAGGAUGGGAUUUUAUUUUAAUGUGAUUAUUUCUUCUGCUUUAAGAUAAACUAAGCAGUCUCCUAUUUCAAGAUAAAGUAUGGAGUUACGGCCAUGUAAGGUUCAUUGACUUACAGAGCAUCAUGAGGUACAAGGAAAAGAUAAAGAUAAAGAUAAUAUAAUAGAGACUAUUAGGAUUGGCAUUUGAAGGGUCAAGCCUUGACCUAACUUGGACCCAAUUCAAGGUAAAAGGUAAAAUGUUUUUCAGGAAACCAGUAUCUAGUAUCUGUGCUGACUAGCAAGGAGAAUCCUCAAACAGCUAUAACGUCUUCAUUCAUAUAACAGAAUUAAAAGUUAUGUCAGGAGCAGCAGAACAUUUUGAGCACAUGAGUGGAACCGCAUUUGAAUGAAAAAGCUACAGAAAUUUGGGAAACUAGGUUCCUUUAUUUUAAAGAAAUAACAUGCUGUUUUGUUUUAUUAAUUGAUCAUAUCAGAUGAUGUCUACAAGUAACAGCUCUGGCUUUGUGAAUAAAGCCAGUGAUAGAGCAAAGUUUCCACCUCUUCUCUAUUUAUAUUAACUUACAAUGGCACCGUUUUAUCUUUCCUUCAUUAACUCUAAUACAUUCCCAAAUGAGUCAUCAGGAGCUCAAGUCCUGAAUGAACCAAAUGGCAAUAGAAAAGAAAACAGAUCACUAAAAAUACAGCUCUAUCCAAGCUAUUGUUUUCUUCUUUAGCCUUCUUGCUAGAUACCUUUGGGUCUCUUGUCUGAGUUCCAAAUAGGAUUGAGUAGCAUGGUUUUAGUUAAAGGGGAAAAAAAACCCAAUAGUUUUUAACUCUAUCUGCUGUUAUAUUCCAGAACUAUGAAUGUUCCGUCCAAGAAAACUGAGAUGUAGCACUUAUUAGAGUAGAUCAAAAGCUAAUUCUUUAUUCACAACAUAAAGUAAAGUUCUGUCUUUCUUCUUUUAUACUCUGAAUCAAGGUCCUAUCCACCAUAACACUGUAAAGACCCAGAGGAAAGGGAAAAAAUAGAAUGUAGGAUUAUCUAUAUCAGGGCUGUCAAACUCCUGGCCCACAGGCCAGAUGCGUCAUGUGCUGGCCACCCCCACCCCCAGUUUAGUGAAGGAGGAAAAAGUCCCAAUACAUCACGUGAUGCCACCAUGAUGACGUUUGACACCCCUGAUCUAUAUGGAAAUAGGCUGGUACUUUAAGUAGCAUGACUCCAGAAAUCAGGGUCAAUGGAUGUUGGGUAUCUGGGGGAGAAGACUGGGAGUUUUCUCUGUUUAGUGACUAAACAAUGCAGUACAGUGCUGGAAUUUGCUGUGACAGCCACAUCUUGCUUGCUUUAUAUUUUAUUUCAAGUCCACUCCUUGCCAAAAAAACAGAGGUGAUAAUGCCUUGUAUUUAAAACUUGGCUACUGAUACAGAUUUGGACUCAAUUGAAGUUGGACUAGAAUAAGACUAUUGCUUUGUCUGAAUUGUAUUUCUGCUAUUGGUUCUCAAAUUUUAACUCUACUGGACUCUAAUAGGCUAAUCUGUUCCUUCUCAUUGUUUCUGAACAUUGUGGGUAAAAUUGCUUCAAAACUGCAACACAGACAUCAACCUUAAUUUGCUUGCUUUUAAUGUGAAACGUGACUAAAGCAGGGAAGAAUAUAUGUAAUACUUGGCCUAAUUUAAUGUAGCCAACUUAAUUUCAAAAAUCCUUUGCAAGUAAGCUAUUAUGACCUCAGGCAAAUUCAGUUUGUCUUUUCCCCAGUAUCCUGUUGUAUGAAUUGGUUAAGAGAGUUUAAAGAAGUGAGAAAAUAGAUAGCACUAUCUCUUUUGGGCUCUGACUCCUGCCAUCCCUUACUUUAAUCUUAUUCACCAUUUGCUUGCAACAUGGUUCCCAACAGAUGAUCUUUGUAUUCUACAAUAAAAGAAAGGCAUAGAACACAUCAAUUACUCUCAUCAAGCAUUGUAUUCAGGGCAUGCAAGUUAUUACCGUGUUUCUCUGAAAAUAAGACCCUGUCUUAUAUUUUUUUGAACCCUGGAAUAAGUGCUUGGCCUUAUUGCCAUGCGUUCAAAAGCCCAAUUGGGCUUAUUAUCAGGGGAUGUCUUAUUUUGGGGAAAACAGGGUAUGGAGCAAAGCCAAAUGAUUAGGGACUGACCUCAGUUCUACAUUUCCAUUCAUGAAAACCCAAGUGCAAAUUUCAUAGUAGAAUCUAUCAUUAAAUUAUGAUAGACAGUAAAAUUUUAUCAGUUACCCUGAUCCUAAGAGAAAAAUUCUGCAUGCACAGCACCCAAUGUGAUCAUUUUCUGAUCCUGGAAUAAUUAGCUAUCACAGAAACAGUCAUGCAAGAAAAAAGAAGAAAUCUGACUGUUUGUGCUUUAAUUAUGGCCUUAACUUAAUUGAGUUUGAGGGUUAUCUCCCUCAGAUCUAAGUUCCAUCAUGCAUGUCUUUUAGGGGCUGAUUUUCACUGAACUCAAUUGUAAAGUGGUAUCAACUGAAAGCUGACCUGUAUCUCUGCUUCUCUUCAGAAAUCAUCAGGUUUCUCUGCAUGCCAUUUUAUAUCGAAGUUCUAUAUCAAUAGCACCAAGUAUAUUUAACUUACUGAAAGCCCCAAGUGCUCAAGGUGAUUUCUAUAUGAAAAUGGAUAAUCUCCUAAAGUUUGUCCAAUGCUGAUAACAGUUUCCUGCUGCUACAUAGCAAUUCAACCAUGCUGAGGCACUUACUUUCAAAGUCCAAGACAUGAGUUCCCUGAUAAUAUAAAUGCCCUAUUUCUAUUAUAAAGUCUGAUUGUAGAUUUAAUCACGUUGCAUGAUGGAUGUUGGCUCAGCAGAACAGUGACAAUGCUCACUGAAGCUCACUGUGAAAAUUUCUGCACCUCAAGCAGAAUUGAUAGUGCCUGUUAAGCCAGUGGGUACAAAAUGUCUAAUUAUUUUAGACUUAAACAUUGGUAGUGGUGUAAAGUAAUCUAUAAACAUACCUCCUUAUAUAAAGGAGAUAUGUUUUAUAAAGGAGGUAUAUAAUAUAAAAUUUCUACAUCCGGAAGGAGGAUGUACUUGUUUUAUUAAAGAAAUCUAUCUUGGUUAGUUCUCAUUAACUAACCCCAGAACCUGUUUACUCAAUCCUUGUCUUGAGAUCAUCACCGUAUUUGCUUACUGUAGACCACACCAUUGAAGGAAAUUGUGGUUUCUGAAUUAAAACUCAGUUGUUGUAUUGGAUCUCUAUGUCUUUGAUGCAAUAAAUAAUAUGCAGCAUGGAGGAUGAUUAUGCACACAGCAAAGGAUUCCCAGGAAGUUGCCACUGCAUUACUUUCUGACCUGGAGAGGUAACACUUUUUCUACUUUGAAUGUUUAAAAUGUACAUGAGAGAAGAACUUUGCUUUUUCAGCAUAACAAAAACAAUUUUUCCUCUGUUCUGGGUACCAUAUUUGAAGAACAAAAAAAGUAAGCUGAAUUUGUCUAUUAAUCUAAAAAAGAACUUCAAUUGUCAUAUAAUAUUCAUUCUAUAUUGCUUUUUUCAGCUCAUGUCAUCUGUAAUUUAUAAAGAACCUACUGUGACUUCUAAUUGUGUAAAGUUAUACAAUUGCAUUGCAGUGGGCUGAAGAUGGAAUUUGAUUUGUCACUAUAAAAUAAUCUAAUUCCGGAUUAAAAAUCACAGCAAUAAAAAGAAAUAAUCCUUUGGCUA